AUGUCGGAUGCCUCGAGCUGGGGGCAGAGGGCAGGGAGGAGGGUGCGCGUGAGCUGGCCCCAGGGCCUGGGCGAGAAGGGCGCGGAGGAGGGCCGCUGGGACGCUGGAGCGAGCGCCAGAGCCGUGGCUCUGCCCGCUGCAGCCGGGUUCGGCAGCUCCCUCUUCCCAACUCCUCCAGGGCACAAAGUUUACUCCGAAGCCGCGGCGCCGCGCAGAGGGAGCUCUGCCCAAGUGUGCCCGCGCUCCCGCGCCUCGGCGGGGCUGCUCUCGCGCCCUCCGCGGGCCUCCACGUCCCUCGCUCGCAGGCCAGGUGCACCCGCUCUGCCUCCUGCCCGCCGCCCCCAGCUCCCACCCUGCCAGGCUGGAACCCAACCGGAGGGCCUCCGCACAGAACUGGGCUGCGGGACGGAGCCCCCGCCCUCGGCCAGCGUCGGGAGCCGACCCGAGCCGGAGUGGCGCAGCGCCCGGGCCGCGUUGGCCUCAGGCGCCAGGAGGCGGGACAGUCUCGCCCCCCGCCCCCAGCCUGGGACCUCCAGCCUCCCUACCCACCCUGCCCUAGACCCUCAGCCCCAGACGAGCCUCACCUUUCUCGAAAACUCGGAGCCGCUGCCUGGGAAACGCGCUGUGAAGACUUUGUCCGAGUCUCACGCAGGACGCCCGAUGCUGCUUGGAACAGAGUUGGACCAAAAAUGUUUUGACUGGCUCGUUAUGACAAGGCAAUCCGUCAUGCUUGGAUAGAUUGAUAGCAACCAAGUUCAGUGCAAACACCAGGAGGGAAAACCCGCACGGCUCUGUGGACCCGAGGCUAGCCAGGCAGUCUCCGCAGACUUUGAACAACCCCAUCAGGAGGAGAGAAUGAAGUUCCAGGCCCGGUUCAGUUAAUCUGCUCGCAAAACUGCCGAGGAGUGGCUGUCGGGCUAAGAAAGGAGAAGACGCUCUCACACUCUCCCGGGUUCAUUGCAGAGAAACCAGGACACGUCUGUGUUCCCCGGGAGCUCUGGGGGUGGAAGUCCCGACACUGCGACAGCAGCCUGGACGCCCAACUUCUUGUUUCUGUCCAAAGAUUGCUACUCCCAAGGCGUGGUCCCCAGGACUCCAGGUCCCCCAGAUCCCUACCUACUUCCCGUCCUCCCUCACUAGAAAGUCUCAAGAUUUUAAGAUGCUAGCUGUGGCAAUUGCUUCGGAGCCCUCUGCCGCCAACACUCUGGGAAGCAGGGGAGGGAGGAUUUCUCACUGCAGUAAGAUUUGACCCGUUAAUGAUGUGCCAGGCGCGGGCAGGCGCUUCAUGUAUAUUUAGUCCACCUAGCAGCUGUGCGGAGAAGGCAUUAUUAUUGCCCCCAUAUUACAGAUGCGGACCACUGAGGCUCAGAAAGGUUAAGUGAGUUGCAUAAGGUCAGGUCUUUAAUGAGUGAUGGAGACGGAUCCCAGACACGGUCAGUGAUAUGCCAAGACAUCUCCUGUCCACCCUGGUCACACCUCUGUCCACUCUGGCCAGACUGACGCCAGACUGGGCGGGAGGUACCUUGGGAGAGAUUUGGCUUCCCUGCUGUGGGGGCCAGAGGAAGAAGCGCAGGUAAAGAAGGCCCUCCCAAGGCCCUCCCGGUAUGCCUACUGCGCUGUUCCUGACCUGUCUGAUUCCAGCUCCCCCAAGCCCUGCGUCACAGGGCAGGCACGGGUCAGUCUCAGGCGACAGGACCCUAGGGCCCAGAUGGCACGGGAACCUCGCUUGAAGGAGACAGGGAAAAGUUUGAAGCCGCGCUCAGAAGGCCCCGGAGCGAACCAGACCGUCUCCAGGGGAAUGUACC